GGGAGAGAACUAAGGUGGGCAGGGCAGGUCGGUGCGAGGUACACAACAAAUGAGGGGUUUAAUUAUCGGUUGAGGUUCUGAUUAGCUGUUCACUGGUCCGAGGACUGAUGACACGACGUAUCGAAAUAAAUACUCUGUCUGGGUAGGAGCAAUCAGAGAAACCUACACGUCAUUCACACCAUGGAUCCGAAUAAGAACAUCCUUAUUGUUGGGGCUGGCUGCUUCGGCACCUCGACUGCAUAUCACCUCGCUCAGCGUGGCUUCACCUCCGUCCGCGUGCUGGAUCGAUAUGCAGCACCGUCGUGCGAGGCCGCAUCAACCGACAUCAGCAAGAUCAUUCGCAGCGACUAUAAUGAGCCAUUGUAUGCGCGUCUGGGCAUUGAGGCCAUUGCUGCCUGGCAGUCUGAGGAAAUGUUCCGUGACCUGUACCAUGUGCCAGGCUGGGUUCUGAGCGCGUACAAGCUAUCCUGUGCGUUUGUUGAAGGGUCGAUUGAGACGAGCACCAAGCUUGGGGUUAAGGGACUGGAGCGUCUGUCGCCGCAGCAAAUUCGGGAGCGGUUUCCCCUGGUUACAGGCAAGCUGGACGGGUGGAAUGUGAAUGUCUGGAACCCCACGGCUGGCUGGGCGGCUGCAGGGGAGGCGCUACGUCGCAUGGCGGUUGCGGCGCAGGAGAAGGGGGUGGAGUAUAUCUCCGGGGAGAAAGGCUGGGUCAAGCGCUUGGUGUUUAAUGAGGAAGAUCGCUGCACUGGGGUCGUUACAGCUGAUGGGUCCACGCAAGUUGCUGACCUGGUCGUGGUGGCCGCGGGGGCGUGGACGCCCUCAUUGCUGGAUGUGGCAGGCCAAUUGACGGCCAAGGGGCACAGCGUGGCGCAUAUUCAGCUCUCCCCAACGGAAACGACGCACUACUCGGCGUUUCCCAUCAUGGAUAACUUGGAGCUGGGCUAUUUUUUCCCGCCGCAGACCGACGGAGUGUUUAAGAUGGCGCACAGUCAAUUCAUCACCAACAUGCAGACAGACGCCGAGUCUGGGACUACGACCUCCGUCCCUCACACCUUUUUGCAGAGCCCGCAAGACGAUCUUCCGCUGGAAAUUGAAGCCCAGAUGCGCCGCAACCUGCGGCGUGUGCUGCCGGAGCUUGCCGACCGGCCGUUCUGCUAUACGCGCCUCUGCUGGGAUGCCGAUACCGCCGACCGCCAUUUCCUGAUCUCACCGCAUCCCGAUCACCAGGGGCUGUACCUGGCUGCCGGGGGUUCCGCGCAUGGGUUUAAGUUUCUGCCCGUGCUGGGUAAGUACAUUGCUGACCUGCUGGAGGGGACGCUGGAGCCCGAGAUCGCCUGCAAGUGGCAGUGGCGCCCGGGCCAGACAGUGACGGCGAAGAAUUUGGCUCAUCUGGACCCGGAACUGGAGCUGAGUGAGCUGACGGGAUGGAAGGGGCGGAAGAUCCGUGAGAGAGGCCCGCGCUUGUAGUAGGUAGUAGCCAUCCCCAUAGC